AAGUUCCCAGAAAACUGCAUGGUUGGGAAAUUGCGUUGAUUGCAGUAGGCUGUAUUUUGUUUCUGCUGCUGUUGUUGGCCUUCAUGUGGAGAAUGGGCUGGAUAGGAGACAGAGAAUUGCGAGAAACCACAGUGAAGAUUGGAGAAAGAACUUUCACCCUUAAGCAGAUCAUUGAUGCAACAAAAAAAUUUAGUCCCAAGAUGGAGCUUGGUAGCGGACGUUCUGGGAUAGUAUACAGGGCUCAAAUAUUGCAAGAUCUGACUGUAGCAGUGAAGAAGCUAUUCGCUGAAUCAAAUGCAGUCGGUGAAAUAGCAACUGAAGUUUAUGUCAAGAAAGCCAAGGAGUUGAAACACGACAACAUUGUUAAAUUGCUUUAUGUUUAUUCAAGAAGGCACCUACAUUUACUCAUCUACGAAUUCAUGGAAGUUGGCUCGCUCGGACAAGUUUUAUUUGGUACAAAUUCCACAGUGCGAAUUGAUUGGCCGAAAAGAUUUAUAAUAUGCAAGGGAAUAGCGAAGGGUUUGAAGUAUCUUCAUGAAAGGAAUCCUCCAAUAAUACACAGAAACAUAAAAGCCAAUAAUAUUCUGCUUGAUGCAAGUUGUAAUCCGAAAAUAUCAGAUUUUGGAUUGGCAAAGCUUUACGAGGAGGAGGAUCCACAUGUUGCGGUUAGGGCAGCAGGAGGAGGAGGAGGAGAUCUUUCAUACAUGUCACCAGAGUAUGCAAUCCGGAGAACCAUGACAGCGAAAGCCGAUGUCUACAGUUUUGGGAUCCUUCUCCUUGAAAUCGUUAGUGGGAGAAAUAAUGCUGAGUACAGAGAAAAGGAAGAAACUGUUGUUCUUCUAGAUACGGCCGCUAAUUUACGUGCGCGGGGAACGCUAGGAGACUUGGUUGACUCAAGGUUGGGCCGUAAUUAUGACGGGAUCCAAACGAACAUUGUUCUGAAUUUGGCAAUGAUGUGCACCGAACAAUCACCUUCUCUCAGGCCUACAAUGUCUCAAGUUGUGGCUGUACUUGAAGGCGAAAAAACCCUUAAGAAUAUUUCUGAAGAGAUCGCUCCCUCGAUCUCUCCUGCUUGAGUACCGGAUGGUCAAUAUAUAUAUAUCUUGUGUGUUUUACCAUGUUUCCAUAUCUAUUGAUUCUUCUUUUCUUUUUCUUUUGUUGGUUUGUUUCCCUUGAUCCUCCUUUUGAUUUAAAUCUUCCUAGUAAAGAUUGAAGGAAAAACAUGUACUGGUUCUUAAGAAUUAUGGCCCUGGAAAUUGGAGACCUAGUUGAUAUUAUGUGAUAUCUAUAUAUAUUGUUUCAUGUUUUCAAUUAUAA